ACAGUUGCCUGUGUGCCUGCGUGAAUGGUACAGAGCCGAACCCUGACAGUGUGUAUACGUACGGCUGUGUAGGUGAGAUACGUUACUAUCGAUCAGCCAGGCUCAGCAACCGGUAUCAUACAAUCUCUCCGCGGAUUCUCUCCGAGCCUCGUUCCCGAACACUUUCCCUCAUUUCCGCACAUGACAGAUUUGGCAAAUGGAAGUGAUGUAUAGGCGAAGUGGCGGAGAAGAUACGAUGGUUACCCCAGCUAUGCUCGCCACCGUCCCUCCAUCUCGUCCUUGCGCUUGUUGUGAAUUCCUCAGUUUUCGUUCGGAUGUUGUAUCGGAGGUUAAAUAGAACGAGGCGAACACGCGACAGGAAAUCUAUACCAGCACUACUAUUGACGAGCACCAUCCAUGGAUGACUCUGGCCUUGCGGAAAACAACAUGUUACAGUGCGGAGCAGACCCAGACGAGCAUGGCCACGGACAUUUCUUUAUCAAGAAGACAUUUCAUAAACCAACGUACUGUCACCAUUGUACGGACAUGUUGUGGGGACUUAUCGGGCAGGGAUUUGUUUGUGAAGUCUGUAAUUUUGUGGUUCAUGAACGCUGUCUGAAGACAGUUGUCUCCCCUUGUUCCAGCAUUGCCACCAAUCUGAUCAAGAACCCUGUUGCCCAUUGCUGGUCAGAGCCAAGUCAUUUCAAACGCAAGUUUUGCAAUGUUUGUCGCAAGCGCCUGGAAGACAGCCUCGCCAUAAGAUGUGAACUUUGUGAGUAUUAUGCUCAUUUGGACUGCCAGGACUUCGUGGUCAGCGACUGUAAGGAGUGUGCAACCUACGUACCACACAAGGAACUGGUAAACGUUAUCCAGUACCACCAGUGGAGGGAGGGAAACCUACCGGCCAACUCCAAAUGUGUGGCCUGCAAGAAAACCUGCUGGUCAGCCGAAUGCCUGGCAGGCAUGCGCUGUGAAUGGUGUGGGGUCACGGCCCAUGGAGGCUGUUACAAAAGCUUGCCAGUAGAGUGUAACUUCGGGAGUCUGAGGAAGAUUAUGCUCCCCCCCAGCUGUCUGACUAUUCCUAGAAUGGACGUCAGCAUGGAGACUAUUCUUGGCUUCAACAAGAAAGGGGAUUCUGUUCCAGUGAGAACAGUUUCCGAGGAAUGGCCGUCGAGCGGGGAGUCAAAGAAUGAUGACGAGGAUAAAGAGCGACGCUCACCUCGAGAAAAGGAGAGUCGUGACAAAGAGAGGGACCCAGAAUCUGAGAUAAUCCGAGUGUUUGACGGGAACUCGUCCAUGAGGAAGAGGAUGUACCGCACAAUAUCUGUUGCUAAGAAUGCCCCGGCUCAGGCCAUCCUGGAAGCUGCCCUCAAAACAUUCCACAUAUCUGAUGAUCCCAGGAACUACUAUGUGUCAGAGGCUUCUGAGUUUGCCCUACAUGUUUCAGGUGAGCGAGAGCUGGAGGAAAACAGCCCUAUCCGGCAACAACUCCAGACUCCAGACGGCAAACGCCCCUCCAUCUUCCUGAGAUACAAAGAUCGAGACCCGGAGAAGGGUCAUCUGAGGAUCUACCCGGGCGGCAUCCGUGUGUCGGCUCCGUACAAGAUUAUUGAAGUCACAAAGGAUACUACAUCAGAGGAUGUCAUCAGAAUCGCUCUGAGAAAGUUCGGACUUCAUGAUGUGUAUCCAGAGAACUUCAGUUUGAUUGAGGUUCUCUUGGACAAAGGUGUCUCAGAGAAGCAUCUGGAUAAGUCGGAAAAACCAUGGCAACUUAUACAACAAAGUAGGAAGGACUCACUGAGACAGAACCGUAUGACACGGUUCUACCUACAGCAGAGGGAGGACCCCCACGGACCCACCAUAUCCAUGUUUGUGGGUAACCUCCCGACCGGUCUGUCACAGCGACAGUACGAAAAGAUCCUACUCGACAUCGUGGGCAAGGGAAACAAGUGGAACCAGUUUGACGUGAUUUACUACGAGUACGGAGCCCUGGUCCUCAUAUACACCAACUCGGAAAAAGCUUCCCGUGUGUUUAAUAUUCUACAGGACUCUGUAUUUGACGAAAAGCCACUUCUUGUGCUAUUACUUCCUAACAUUCAGUCACACAUGAUCCCGGAGAACUUCAACCCCUUGCUCGUCUUUGUUAAUGUAAAGAGUGGCGGUUGUCAGGGCCUAGAACUCAUCACUUCCUUUCGCAAACUUCUAAAUCCUCACCAAGUUUUUAAUCUUGAGACCGGCGGCCCACUACCUGGGCUGUAUGUGUUCCGUAAUAUACCUUACUACAAAAUCCUGGCCUGUGGAGGGGACGGUACAGUGGGCUGGGCCCUCUCCUGUCUGGACAACGUGGGGCAGGAUGCUGUGUGUCAGUCACCACCCUUGGCCAUUGUCCCCUUGGGCACAGGCAAUGACCUCGCCCGUGUGCUUAGAUGGGGGCCUGGCUACACCGGGGGUGAGGACCCACUUAACCUCCUCAGGGACGUUAUAGAAGCUGAGGAGAUAAAGCUAGACAGGUGGACAGUGAUUUUUCACCCCAAUGAGAAGGAACAGAAUGACACUAGAGUGGCGAUUGCCAACGACACCAACUCGGCUAACACCAAUGAAGACACGACAACCAUCUUUGUGAUGAACAAUUACUUUGGUAUCGGGAUCGAUGCAGAUCUCUGUCUCGACUUCCACAUCGCACGCGAGGAAAAACCAGACAAAUUCAAUAGCAGAUUACAUAAUAAGGGAAUGUAUUUGAAAAUUGGUUUACGGAAGAUGGUGAACAGAAAAGCUUGUAAAGAUCUACAUCGUCACAUGAGACUGGAGGUGGACGGUAAACCAGUGGAGCUGCCUCCAGUAGAGGGCAUUAUUAUACUCAAUAUACUCAGUUGGGGGUCAGGAUCCAAUCCUUGGGGCCCCGAGAGAGAAGACCAUUUUUCUAAACCAAACCAUUAUGAUGGUAAUCUUGAAGUGGUGGGAGUCACAGGCGUGGUGCACAUGGGACAGAUACAGAGUGGCCUACGCUCGGGGAUACGCAUAGCACAGGGGGGACAUUUACGGAUAACAUUGUUAGCAGACAUACCGGUCCAAGUUGAUGGCGAGCCGUGGGUUCAGCCAGCCGGCCAAGUUGUAGUACUACGAUCAGCAUUAAAGGCAACAAUGUUGAAAAAAAGCAAAAAUAAGAUAAAGCGGAGAAAUACAGAACCCAGUAUAUUUUUCCCUGAUAAUGAACAACUUCGAUUACAGUCGCCUACAGAGGAGAACGAGCCACUCUAAUUCAAGUGUUGUUUACCCUAUAGACACGGAGCUAGUGAUAGACGGGGAACUGAGGACCAACUCUGGGGAUGUCUGUGAUGUUACAAACAUUCUUCAUCAGACACACUGCUGUCAGUCAUUAGUCUUCUAGAGUACCAACAUACAGUCCUCCUGUAGUGAUGUCAUCGCCAUGAGUACCAACGUUACUGUCUGUUAAUGAUUUUAUCCUUGGAUACGGACGUGACUGUCCUCCUGUAGUGAUGUCAUCGCCAUGAGUACCAACGUUACUGUCUGUUAAUGAUUUUAUCCUUGGAUACGGACGUGACUGUCCUCCUGUAGUGAUGUCAUCGCCAUGAGUACCAACGUUACUGUCUGUUAAUGAUUUUAUCCUUGGAUAAGGACAUGACUGUCCUCCUGUAGUGAUGUCAUCGCCAUGAGUACCAUCGUUACUGUCUGUUAAUGAUUUUAUACUUGGAUACGGACGUGACUGUCAACCUGUAGUGAUGUCA